AAUUGUGGGUGGAGCUUUCUUUACAUUCAGUACUCUCUUCUCUUCUUUGUUCAACCUCAACUCAAACUAUAGCUCUGCGAUGGAUGAGAGUGGUAUGGAUCCAGGGUCCACUCCUCCGGCACCGUCUACCCACAAGUAUAUGUCAGUCCCUGAGAAAAUAGAGCUGACCAGUGGUGGAGUAAGGGAUGGAUAUUCUACUGGUAGUGAAGCCUGGAUGGAUCAGUCUAGCUAUAGGCCUAUGAAUGUACCUGAUAUGAUCACACUGGAGCAGCCUAUUGCUGCUGCUGAAGGAAGACCCUCCAGAGAGACUGACCAAUCACAAGCCAGUCGACUGAUUACCGAGGGCGGGGGAGAGUCAAGGCCUCAGAUACAGCAAAUGGAGCCUCCUAACUGGCCUCAGGAGCAUCAAGAGCCUCAGGCAGUAGUUCAAGAGUCCCCAGCCAUUGCAAACCUCGACAAACGAGUGAGAAGCUUAGAGCAGCAAGUGCAGAGACUCAGAGACAUUGCUGGGAGCAGAAAUGGCCCGGGUGGUGAAAUUAGACAAGGGAAUAACUUUUGGUAUGUGGUCACUUUCGCUGGCUGGAUGAUGAUACCUCUUAUAGUGAUGUAUAUGAACCGAUACAGGAGAUGAACUGAUUUAUGUAUAUAUUAUUAUCAUGUGAUUUCUAUUCACUAUUUCAUUAAAGUUAUACCAAGA